GUAUAUAGAUAAAACGAACCAACGAACAAGCAGAAAAGUUAGAGAGAGAGAGAGAGAGAGAGAGAGAGACCAGAAGGAUAAGUAUUAAUAGGGCCUCCGGCACUGGUCCCGGCGAAAUGGCACGAACAAGGUUCCCCGGAAAACUCUGCUGCGCCACCUUCUUCUUCUUCUUGCUCUGCUGCUCCUAUGCUUCCCGGCCGUCGCGCCCUCCCAUCUCCAACAGCAGCGGCGGCGGCGCGAUCACCCAUCUCCCUGGCUUCCAGGGCCCCCUCCCCUUCCACCUCCAGACAGGGUACGUGGAGGUGGACCAGAGCAAUGGCGUCCGCCUCUUCUACUACUUCGUCCGCUCCGAGCGCAGCCCGGCCGACGACCCUCUCAUGCUCUGGCUCACCGGCGGCCCCGGGUGCUCCGUCCUCAGCGGCCUCGCCUACGAGAUCGGCCCUCUCAGCUUCGACAUUAAGGGCAAUGUCGACGGCUUCCCUAAGUUGAUGUACAAUCAAGAUUCAUGGACCAAGGUGAGCAAUGUCAUUUUUCUUGAUUCUCCAGUUGGUGCUGGAUUUUCAUAUUCCGACACGGACCGAGGAUACGUGUCAAGUGAUACCAAAGCUGUCAACCAAAUUCUCAUCUUCCUCAGAAAGUGGUUUGAAGAGCAUCCAGAGUUCUUGUCAAAUCCUCUAUAUAUCGCCGGUGAUUCGUACUCUGGCAAGAUAGUGCCAACCGUCGCCUCUGAAAUCGCCAGGGGUAAAGAAGGUGGCCAUGAACUAAAUUUCAAUCUAAAGGGCUACCUCGUAGGCAAUCCAGUCACAGAUUCUAACUUUGAUGAUCCAUCCAAAAUUCCAUUUGCUCAUGGGAUGGGUAUCAUAUCGGACGAAAUAUAUGAGUCAUACAAGAAGAGCUGCAGUGUUGGCGACAACAGCCACCAAAGCAUUGAGUGCAUCAACAGCCUUUACGCCAUACAAGAGUGCCUCAAAGGCAUAUGCCCGAACCAUGUUCUGGAGCCCGUCUGCGCUUUUGCGAGUCCUCAUGCUCACAAGAUGGAGACGAAGCCAAACCUAAAUUCAGGCCCGAGGGAGAUGCUCCAGCUCCAGGAGUAUACUGCAGAUGCACAGCUUAACUUGUCUGAGAUUUCAUUGCAGUGCAGAACUGCAGGAUACAUAAUGUCCAGCGUAUGGGCAAACAAUGCCUCAGUAAGAGAGGCUCUUGGUAUUCACAAGGGCACGGUUCCUUCAUGGUCAAGGUGCAACUACUCCAUACCUUAUACUAGUGACAUUCCAAGUACGGUGAAGUACCAUCUGGACGUGACCACUAAGGACUACAGGAGCCUUGUUUACAGUGGCGAUCAUGACAUGAUUAUACCUCAUAUCGGCACGCAAGCCUGGAUUAAGUCCCUUAAUUUCUCUAUUAUGGAUCACUGGAGGCCAUGGUUUGUCGAUGGGCAAGUUGCAGGAUUUACAAGGUCAUACUCUAAUAACCUUACAUUCGCAACUGUGAAGGGUGGUGGGCAUACUGCUCCGGAGUACAUGCCAAGGCAGUGCUUUGCUAUGUUUGCACGGUGGAUUUCUGGUGAUCCCCUUUGAUGCCCUACAUUCGAGCUUCAAGCUUCGUUAAUUAGUUACUCGGUGCAUUACAUUGCAAGAGAAAUGCAUUGGUUGGUAUAGAGUUUUGCAAGCAAGCUGGUGUACAAAGGAACAAUGAAAAGAAAUGUUUAAGGAAGCCUGGUUUAUAAUGCAAAUUCAUCUUAGGUAUGUAUCA